AUGGAGACAGCUUCAGACAAAAGAGGAGCUGCAGUGAGACUGACGCAGCAGCAGCAGCAGCAGCAGCAGCAGCAGCGACAGCAGCAGCAACGACAGCAGCAGCAACAGCAGCAGCAAGAACAACAACAGCAGCAACAACAACAGCAGCAGCAACAAGAGCAACAAAAACGCCAGCAGCAACGACAGCGGCUGCAGCCAUAUCAACGACGGGCUCUCCUGCAGCAGCAGCAGAAGCUGCAGCAGCAGCAGAAGCUGCAGCAGCAGAAGCUGCAGUAG